AUGAAUCGUAUCAUUGAGCCUUCGUCUCGAGCGCGCCAAAGGAUCUGGACCGAGGGAAGCGCUAAGUUCUUCAUCACACUUGCUUUUACUGCCACCGUGGUUCAGCUGCUCUUUCUGGCUGACAUAUCUUAUCUCAACGGAGCACUGUAUCACGAAGCACAGAGGAUUCAUAAUCUGAAGUUCCUCAUGGUAGAUCACGACCAGGGUGCCAUCGGCCAAAGUCUUCGUUCAGCAGCAAACGCUCUCCAAUCUGAUAUCUUCCCAUCGGUCGAGGAGUACAGCACGAGCGACUAUCCUAAGCCGUCCGACAUCAGACGCGCUGUCCUUGUUGGAGAUUUCUGGGCCGCCAUAUACAGCCACUCAGGAGCUUCGAGCAGACUGGAUACAGCAUUGCGAAGCAACGAUACUACCGUACACUACGAUCCCACCAACGCCCUGACCUACAUAUACAACGGAGCAAGGUACGCUUCCAUUGAACAAGGAUACAUCGAUCCCAAUCUUCAAGCCCUCGUACUUGAGGCAGACGCUAUGUACCAGGAACACAACGGGAUGCAGAAUCUCAAAUUUGUCGAAGGAAACGCAAAUGCUGUUUACGCACUUUUGCAUCCUAUAGCCUCGACUGCUCUGAACAUCAAGGAAACCGACCAAGGUGCAAGAAACAUAUACAACACCGUUGGAAUGGUAUAUACGGUAUUGAUGCAAUUCUUCUUUGUACUGGCGCUGAAUAUCCUCUGUGGACGCAACAAGCUAUUCGGUCGCCAGUCAUUUGUCUGGAACUACCUCUUCCGCGCCUCAAUCACCUUCGUAUACUCUUUCAUCGGUGCAAUCUGCGCAAGUGUUCAGUUCAUCCCAUUCUUCAUCUUCAGUUACGUCAUGUUCAACGUCACCAGCAUGUUGGUCCCGUUUGAGUUAUCACCCAGAUUCUACCGCAUCGGAUACGCCGCUCCUGGGCAUGAGGCUUACCAGAUCUUGAUACAGAUAUGGUCUGGUGGGAACAAUCGACUCUAUCAGGCUUUACCCAUACUUCUUGCCUGGGAAGUCUUAUUAACGCCUUUGGCUAUACUUUCAAUGCAUAGACGGUGUCAGGCGGCGGUCCUCAUGGCGGUCAAGGAUAGCUGA